GAUGGCCCAGAGGAAGGAGCAGAGCUGGGUACCGGGCUUCUGCCCCAGACCUGGGGUCUGCGGUGCUUGCAGCGACGAGACGGGAGGCUCAGGGCGCCGCGAUCCAGGGGGACGGGGGGCACCCCAGCUCGGCCUCCUCCGCCUUCGAGAUGCUGCUGAACCCCGUCACCUCCACCCCCUUCUCGGUCGAUGACAUCCUGAGGCUGGAGCGCGAGCAGAUUGGUUCCGAGUCCUUGCAACUCCGGGGGGCACGGAGGAGCCCUGAACGUUUUCAGUGUCAGCGACUCCUCCCAGAACCGCGAAAGGCAGCGGUUCCCGGCACCUGCAGUGGCGGCGGCGGCGGCGACAGCGGCGACAGCGGCAGAAGGCGGGACCAGUCGGGGUCUCCUCCUGGUGCUCCCUGCGAGACGGUCUCGCAGAUGGAGGCGGAACGCGUGGGAGAGCCACAGCCGGGCCUCCGCGCAGCCCCUCCCCUCCGCGGCGGGACCCGGGGGCCAGAGCGCGGCGUUGGCGACGUUGGCACCGGCGCGCGCGGGGACGGCACCGAGCAGCCCAAGGAGCGGCAGCGGCGGAGGCCGCGCGUGCUCUUCUCGCAGGCGCAGGUGCUGGCGCUGGAGCGGCGCUUCAAGCAGCAGCGGUACCUGUCGGCGCCCGAGCGCGAGCACCUGGCCGGCGCGCUGCAGCUCACGCCCACGCAGGUCAAGAUCUGGUUCCAGAACCGGCGCUACAAGUGCAAGAGACAGCGCCAGGACAAGUCCCUGGAGCUGGCGGGCCACCCCCUAGCGCCGCGCCGGGUGGCGGUGCCGGUGCUGGUGCGGGAUGGCAAGCCCUGCCUGGGCCCCGGCGCGCCAGCUUUUCCCGGGCCCUACGGCGCCCCCGCGGCUCCCUACUCCUGUUACGGCGGCUACGCGGGCGCUCCUUUCGGCGCAGGCUACGGCGGGGGCUACGCCAGUGCACCCCCGCGUCCCGCGCCGCCCGCAGCCCUGGCCGGCGCGGGGUUGGGUGGGGGUGGCCCCGGCGGCACCUCGCAGGGCCCUGUGGCCGCCGCGCUGCAGGGUGUCAGGGCCUGGUGA